AUGAUUUUGAUAGAAGCUUUGCUUAAUUAAUUAUUAUUGAUAAAUGAGUAAAAAAUAAUUAUAUUUAUUAUAAAUAAAUAAUUUUAAUUAUAAAUAAUAUACUGUAAAGGUUCAUAUAUUAAGGCACCUCGAUUUCAGUUUAGAUACCUCACUUACCGACUUCGAAAAAAUUAAAAAAAUUUAUUUUUUAAAAAAAAUAACAUGUAAUAAGAUUACACAGCAUAUAUUAUUUCAAAUUUAAAGCUUUCUAAAAACUCAAAAAUAAAGCUAUUUUAAGCUUAUUUAGCUUUAUUUAUUAUGUUAUUAAAAUAUAUACAUUUCGCUUUUUGUAAAUUAAAUAGACAAUUCACUCUAUUAUUACUUUAAAUUAUCUUUAUGACAUUUAUUUGUUUUUAUUAAAAUAUUUUGAAAAAGCUAUCUAAUUUCUUUGCAUAGCUAAAUAUUUUAAUUGCACAUUAAUAAAAUUAGUAUUUAUAUCUUAAAAAUAAUAAUAUUUAUUUAAUAAUAAAUUUAUUACUUUAAAUUUUAACUAAUUUAAACAAUGUUAGUAAAUAAAAUAAGAAGUGUAGAAAAUAAUUAAAUGGAAAAUAUAUACAUAAAUAAUUUACAAUAAAAUUUACAUAAUUUAACUACUCAUUUAUUCUUUAUGGAUGA